CAAUGGCGGAUGCUGCUCCUGCCGGUGGUCGUGGUCGCGGAGGUUUUGGUGGACGCGGACGUGGUGGACGUGGAGGCCGAGGCCGUGGACGUGGUGGUCCCGGUCGUGGUCGCGGACGUGGAAAGGAAGGAGAGAAGGAGUGGGUCCCAGUCACCAAACUCGGCCGUUUGGUCCGUGAUGGCAAGAUCCGUACUCUAGAAGAAAUUUAUCUAUUCUCACUUCCUAUCAAGGAAUUUGAAAUCAUCGAUUUCUUCCUUGGAACUGCCCUGAAGGAUGAAGUUUUGAAGAUCAUGCCAGUUCAGAAACAAACCCGAGCUGGUCAGCGAACUCGCUUCAAGGCAUUUGUUGCUAUUGGUGAUUACAAUGGUCAUAUUGGUCUGGGAGUCAAGUGCUCAAAAGAAGUAGCCACUGCCAUUCGCGGUGCUAUCAUUUUGGCUAAGCUCUCAGUCGUUCCUGUUCGUCGAGGAUACUGGGGUAACAAGAUCGGUAAACCCCAUACCGUCCCUUGCAAGGUUACCGGCAAAUGCGGUUCCGUCUUGGUACGUCUCAUUCCUGGUCCCCGCGGAACUGGCAUCGUGUCAGCUCCCGUCCCGAAGAAACUUCUUCAAAUGGCCGGUAUUGAAGAUUGCUACACUGCGGCCCGUGGCAGCACGGGAACCUUGGGAAAUUUUGCCAAGGCAACUUAUGCUGCCAUUGCUAAGACGUACGCUUACUUGACACCUGAUUUGUGGACCGAGACGGUAUUCAACAACUCACCGUAUCAAGAGCACAGCGACUAUUUGAUGAAGAACCAUCGCCCCAUGGGCACUCAACGUCAAGAAGCUAAAGCUUAUUAAAAAC